GGUGUGUGGACAGUCGCUAAGUGUGCAGCAUCAUGGAUCCGCUCUCCGCCUGCCUGCUCCUGCUCACCUGCCUGGCAGAUUUGUCUGCCAGUGAAACUGAGUGGGGUGGAGCUGUGGGGGGAAGCUCGUUCGGGCCUUCCUCGGUGCAGAUCGUGGGGGUGAAUGUUGUGACAGUGGGAAUCCCGUAUGGUUUCCAGUGCAUAGCUGAUUGCUAUCCGGACUGCAAGUACACCUGGACCCGGGGUAAUGUGACCUCUCAGGGGCCCGAGCUGAGCUUCCAGCUGCUGCACGUGGUACCAACACAGACCCUGUCCUGCACUGUGUCCAACUCUGAAACAGGGGACUCGUCCACUGUCCAAAAAACGCUGCAGGUGACAGCGGGGCCAUCAAACAUCCAGAUCAGCGGUCCAACCUAUCUGACCUAUGGAGCGGAGUCCAUCUUCAUCUGCUCAGCCAGCUGCUACCCCGCAUGCAGCUUCUCCUGGACUGUGUCCUGGGAAGGGGAGACGCUCAGCAAGGCACAAGGCAGCAACCUUUCUGUCACUCCAUACACCAGCACCGUGCUGGAAGAAAAUCUGAUUUGUGAGGCCAUGGACACCGUCUCACAUCUCUACAUCUCCAGCUCUCUAUCACUGCCUGUCGCAAGUAUGUGA